AGCAUCGUGGGCUCAAGACACAGCACCUGGUGCGCCCGUCACGAAGACUUCAGGAGCCCUUCGGAGUCAUGGCUGAUCCUGAUGAUGAUGGACCCAAGUACCAGCUUUUCAAGAAGGGCUGCACGGAACCCAAUGAGGGUGGCUCACAGCAGUUCACAGGACAAGGCAAGGCGAUGUACGUCACCGGUGACACGUACGAGGGCACCUUCGUAGAAGGCCUUCGUACAGGCAAAGGCCUCUACGUCUUCAAGAAGCACGGGGAUUCCUACGAAGGCAAGUAUGAAGAGAAUCGGAAGCACGGCUUCGGCAAGAUGAUCUACAGGAACAAUAUCGCAGAGGACGAAGAUCCGCCAGAUGAGAACGCCCCUCCGCGUGGAGGAAGUUACCUCGGCCACUACACCGCAGGGCUCCGAGGCUGUGGGCCGAACGUGAACCCCAAUGAGGCGGCAUCUGAGGGUACAUUCACAUACGUGAAUGGAGAUGUCUAUACAGGGCAAUGGAGAGAAGGAAAGAAGCAGGGAAAGGGCACCUACACGUUUGCCAAAGAUCAGACCCAGCUGGUUGGUGAAUGGGAGCAGGGCAAAAUCACCAGUGGAAAGUGGCUUUUCCCCAACGGCACCUUCUAUUGUGGCAAGUUCAGGUACAACAAGCCCUUCGGUAAGGGCGUGUGGGUCUUCAAGAAUGGAAAUCAGCUCAUGGGCGAUUAUAUCCAGAAGGAACAGCCGAAUGAAGACGAGCCCCCACCAGACGAUGACGGAGCUGCUCAACGUCCUGACCCAAAGGUAUGGUGCCAAUUCAAGCCCAAGGCCAGUGUAGCUGUGCGCGGUGGCCCUUUGAUGUCCUGAUCGGCGGCUCUCAGGAAAUAUCUGAGCGACCACUGGAAAUGUGUCACUUUGGAUACAGCAGGUUUGUAAAGUGGAAAUAUCACUGUGAGUCGUCGAGAUUGGCAUCACAGGAGUUUUUUGGUUAGGACAAUGCCAUCACGAGAUCAUUUCAGAAUCAUGACUUGCUG